UCAGAAAUGGAGAGCUUCAAAGCUCCAUUCAGGGGAAUUGCAAAAGAUGUCAAAGGAAGAGCAUUGUGCUAUAAACAAGAUUGGACUGCAGGUUUUCGUUCAGGAAUCGGGAUUUUGGCCCCAACUGCCUACAUCUUCUUUGCUUCAGCUCUUCCUGUUAUAGCUUUUGGCGAGCAACUGAGCAGAGACACAGAUGGAAGCUUGAGCACAGUGGAAACCCUGGCCUCUACUGCUAUUUGUGGUAUAAUACACUCAAUUCUAGGUGGGCAACCUCUCUUGAUUUUAGGAGUUGCAGAACCCACUGUCAUCAUGUACACCUACUUGUACGACUUUGCGAAAGGAAGGGAAGAUUUGGGACGCGAGCUGUAUUUGGCUUGGGUUGGAUGGGUUUGCGUCUGGACAGCUUUCUUUCUAGUUCUUCUUGCAAUAUUCAAUGCUUGUGAUAUAAUCAACAAGUUCACGAGGAUUGCAGGCGAACUUUUUGGCAUGUUGAUUUCUGUCUUGUUUAUUCAAGAGGCUAUCAAGGGUAUAGUGAGUGAGUUCAAAAUUCCCAAAGGUGAAGAUUCAAAGAAAGAGACACAUCAAUUUCAGUGGCUUUACACAAAUGGACUGCUGGGGGUCAUAUUUACUUUUGGCCUCCUAUAUACUGCUCUGAAGAGCAGAAAAGCAAGGUCAUGGUGGUAUACAACAGGGUGGCUCAGAAGUUUCAUUGCAGAUUAUGGUGUUCCUUUAAUGGUGCUACUGUGGACUGCGCUGUCAUUCAGUGUACCACGCAAUGUUCCCUCAGAUAUUCCUAGAAGGCUGUAUAGCCCUCUGGCUUGGGAGUCUGCAUCUUUACACCAUUGGACUGUCAUGAAGGAUAUGGGGAAGGUUCCGACUGCAUACGUCUUUGCUGCUAUUAUACCUGCUGUGAUGGUAGCGGGACUUUACUUUUUUGACCAUAGUGUCGCUUCACAGCUGGCACAACAACAGGAGUUCAAUCUAAAGAAGCCUUCUGCGUACCAUUAUGAUAUGUUGUUGCUGGGACUUAUGACACUGCUUUGUGGAUUGAUUGGGCUUCCUCCUUCUAACGGGGUCCUGCCACAGUCAACAAUGCACACUAAGAGCCUUGCUGUUCUUAAGAGGCAGUUGAUUCGAAAGAAAAUGGUGAAGAGUGCUAAGGAAAGCAUAAAACAGAAAGCUAGCAACUCUGAAAUCUAUGGAAAAAUGCAAUCUGUUUUCAUAGAGAUGGACAACUCGACUACACCUACAUCACAAGUUAAAGAGCUGGAAGAUUUGAAGGAGGCAGUAAUGAAAAGUGAAAAUAAAGGGGAUAAUGCAAAGGAUGAAUUUGAUCCUGAGAAGCUAAUUGAUGAUUACCUGCCUGUCCGAGUUAAAGAGCAGAGAGUGAGCAAUCUGUUACAGUCUCUUCUUGUGGCAGCAUCUGUUUUUGCUAUGCCAGCCAUCAAUAAGAUACCAAAAUCAGUUCUGUGGGGAUACUUUACUUACAUGGCCAUUGACAGUCUUCCAGGGAACCAAUUCUGGGAAAGGCUGUUACUUCUCUUCAUCACCCCUAGCCGGCGGUACAAGUAA